AUGGAAGCACCUCCGAAACGCACGAUCCUCGACGUCGUCAACAGUCUAGGAGAGACUGGCAUCUGCCGAUUGAUUUAUUUCGCUGAGAUAAAAUCACACCAGCAAGUCUUGACUUUUUUCAACGACUACUCCACAAACAGUUUCUUCGAUCGAGUUAGUGGGCUUUUACUGGUUUACCCGACGUCCGUGCUACAUUUAGUCGAGGCCGACGAAGAAACCAUUUACACGAUUUGUUUGGAUUUGAUUAUGAACGAGGCAAAUGGUCUUGAGGUCUGCAGAUGUCUUCCCGUCCACGUCAGCACCACUGGGAGACUAUUUCCGAGGUGGUUCAUGAGGAAAGUCAAUCCACCCCUGGGACAUUGCGGAGUAACGGAGUUCAGGGAUAUGGUGGAGAUGAAAAAAUUCUAUUUCGAUGUUGUCGAUGCCUUUUACAAAUUUUAUUUCGAGUUGAGGGGAGGUACAGCCAAUAUUGAAGAGUUGAAAGACAAAUUGGAUGCGCUAACUCACCAAAAUACCACAUCAUCAAUUCCAUCAGAAAACUCGAUCAAAUCACUGCUGAAGACCCCCCGUGGGUUCGAAUUGGCCGCCCUCACUGAAAAUUACUGGAGCGGAAUAGUAGAGAAGGAGGACAUCAUCUGGCCGUUUCCAGAGAUCCGAGAGCCGUCAAUCUCCCUCUCAGAACCGUAA